GAGCAGCAGAGGAAGACGCACACGCCUGAAGUUCAGAAAUAUACUCAAAAAGCAAAGAGAAGUGAAACCCCAUUUGAAAAGAGGAUAGUUCAAAUCUACCAUCCACAAUGUUAAUGCGAUCUCAUUCAGAGAGAAGAGCUCUUCUUGGGUUCUCAGCCCUGUUGACACACAGUACUCCAAAGACAGAUAUGACCUCUUCACCUCCCCUAUCCUUCAGCCCACGGGAGUCCAUCUUUACACCCAUGUCCCUUACUUCACCACCUCCAUGGGUGACUCAGGCCCUUUCCAACCUGGAGCAAGGAGAACGAGAACUGCAGAGCCUCAGGGAACGACAGCAGGCCGAAGUGGAGGGGAUAAACCGUGAGUUGGACAAUGCUGCGAUUGAAGCUCAGAGAGAGGAGCGUCGCCUCCUUGAGAAGGUCGAGCAGGACCACAGAGAAGCCCAGCGGCACCUUAGUCAGGUGAAGAGGGAGAACGCUGCAGCUGUGCGAGUUGUGCAGUCACUUGUUGACCAGCAACUUAGAAAAAUUGGACAACUGAAGGAGCAGAUACAAAGAUGGGGCAGUACGGCUGGUGGAUCCAACAAAAAUCAGCUCCAAAGAGGAGUGGCAGAGGUCACCCAACCUUGGGAGAUCUCCCUAACAAUGAAAAGGGUCAGUUUCUUACCAAGCCCAGAGUCCAAGACCUUUAGCUUGGGGGAAGUUGAUGUUCGAGAGCAAGGCAUGACCUACCCAAUUGGUGUCUGUGGUGUCCAAGGACAAAAGUGUGCCUUGCACUCAGGGGAUACAGCAUUUUCAAACAUUACCCCUCUUGAAAUUCGAAAGGAACCACAACUCAACAAAGUUGGACAAAGGUACAGUCCAGAGGAGAGCAAUAAGGCAAACAGUGGGAACAUGCGCGUUGUCCGGAAACUACGUCUGUCAAGCUCUACAGAGAAUGAGGAGGAUCUCAAAUCCCCCACUGUAAAGUCCCCCACACCAAGACAUCGUGCUGUAUCUGAGUCAUCUCAAGAUGAGGAAGUGGAUUCAGUGUGCUCAGACACACAGGGGCAAGAUCUUUUUCUUGCUAUCCCACCUGUCUCCAGUCAAGGAGAAUCUGAAGGUGAUGAAUCUGAUAGUAGACAAAAUGGUACAAAGAGACGCUCCACACUGAAGGGUAAGAGGAAGCAAAAGGCUCUUGUCUUGGUCUCAUGUGAAGAACCAUCCUGCCCUCCUGAGGAAAUUGAUGAAAAAAGCAGUGAUGUGGCAACAUCUCUAAAGACGGGGCACAAAGGUUCACUCUCCAGGCGCAGUCUUGGAGAUCUUUCUACUGGAAAUAAUCAAUUUUCUCAACACGCUCUAUCCAAGAAAAAGACCUCAACUGAAUGCUCAAUGGACAGUGGAAGCCCUCCAUCCCCAGUGGACAGUGAGGAUUCCUGUUACACCUAUACUGUCAAUACUCCAGAUAAUGGAUCCCUCAAGCAAGAGCACUGCCGCUCAAUGUCCACUGCUGACCUCACAGGUAAACGCCCUUUAAUCAAUGGUGACCAAGGGGAGCGUAGAGGAAUCAGGAAAGUCAACAGAAUGCGUCUUGCCUCUGAACCUUCAACUCUUGAACAAGGCCGAGGAAAUGGCCCAGAAUCUGACAGGAACAUCAUGAGUUCUGAUGAACGACAAUUAAGAUCUCAGACUCGUGUUACACAGGGUUUAAAUUCAAACCGUGUGAGCAGAUCUCUGUCCAUGUCAGCCAUUGAAGGCGACAAAUUACACCAAUGCAAGGAAUCACAGCAAUACAGCAAAGACAAGAGAGGGGGAGUUGUGCCAGCUUUGGGGGAACUGGAGGAAGAGGGUGGUUCAGCUGCACUUGACUCCGCAUAUCUGGUCAAACAGUUUGGAAAACAAGGAUCUGGUCGCACUGACUUCAACCUACCAAGUGGUGUCCAUGCAACUGUCAAAGGGCAACUAUUUGUGGUGGAUUGUGGAAACGCCCGCAUUCAGGUGACUGAUCUCCAGAAGAAUGUUGUACAGCAGGUGUCUCCUUCAGGUUCAGAAAGGUCUUCCCGCAUCUGCAACUACUUUGAUGUGGCUGUGAACUCAAAGGGCCUCAUUGCUCUGACCUGUGCUGCUGAACGGGCUGUGUUGGUGUUCAGCCGUCAUGGACGCCUCCUCCAAACAUUUGGAGGCACACUGAUUGGUUCCACCAACGAGGAGCUGGAUGCUCCCAGAGGGGUGACUGUUACCCGUCAAGAUGAGUUCUUGGUUGCCGACAUAAAGCGUGGCACCCUAACUUCCCUCAAGCUAGACCCCAAAACUGGGGCCAGAUUGGAGCGCACAGUGGUGAGUGGGUACCACAGACCCUACCUGGUGGCAGCAUGUCUUACUACUGGGCUCAUGGCAGUAUCUGAAAGAGGAAAUGAGACUGGACGUGUCCCAUGCAUCCGGGUCCUGGAGCCAGGCUGGAACACUAUCCGAAUCCUGGGGGUGUGUUCUGGCCUGGGACCAGUUCUGACCUGCCCUUGGGGUCUCUGUAUUGACAGUGAUGGGGAUGUCCUGGUGGCAGACUGGGGCAAGCAGCACCACCGUGUUCUUCUCUACCCAUCCAAAGGUGUUGGCUGGCCUCUGGUGAGCGACAACCUGAGCAGCCCAAGGGGCCUGGCACUGCUCCCUGAUGGCCACAUGGUCGUGUCAGACAGCAUGAAUCAUUGCAUUAAGAUCUACCGCUAUAAGUGAAGAGGAUGACAAAGAUAGAGACAGAAACAAACAUGGAUAGAGUUAAGACUAAUUGAUUUGGUGAAGUGAGAAGGUUAAAUCUGUAAUAGCAGGCAGUAUAUCCUUGGGAAUUUAUAAUGCAAGUUUCUUUGAGUAUAAUUUACAGCCUCUACCUCCUACUUGCUUUAAUUUGACAAGACCUUGUUUGAUGAGAUUUUAAUUGGUGAUGGUACUUUAUGCAUUUUUCAUUAUAAUAAUCAGUAGAUACAAGUCUUUUGUAGCAGAUUAGUGCAAAUUAUUUUCAUCUACUCAGUACAGAAGAUACAAGUAGCAAAUAAGUACGAAUGCAUGCUCUUAAAUGACCCUUUAGUGUUUGAGAUGUAUUUUUGUCUUGAAUAAUCUACAGUAAAGCACAAUAGCCCAUAAGGCUGUGUGCCUGAAUGUACUGUGAUUUAUGCCCAUAUUGCAAAACAUUUAAUGAAUCAAUAAUCAAGACACAUUUGAGAAUCAAAUCUCACUGUAAUCAGCAGAUAAAACAGUUUAGUUGUAGUGUAAUGAUUUUUGUACUGUCAAUUUCUCUGGCUAAAAGGAA